AUGCCUUCGGCGCAUCGCCUGACCCUGGUCAGGCUCUGGAGGCCUUCUUUCUUGCUCGUCUCGCGUUGCCCCGACGUCUACAUCAUCGGCGCGCCAAAAUCUGGCACCAGUGCUCUGUUCACCUUUCUCGCCAUGCACCCGAAAGUCAAGGACGAGUUUCGAUUUCUUCUUGUCACGAGGCAGGGGAAGUCACUUGCUUUGAAGGCCCCCUGA